AAAGUGAAAUUUUUAGUGAAAAAUGCAUUUGGAACGAGCGCAUAACGUAUGAAAUGCAGUUAUCUGAAAUAAGUCGAUUAAUAACGCGAAUUUUAGCAGAAAAUGUGCGUGUGCGGUACCACACACACACAAACGCUUGCAAUACGCCUGAAGUGAAAAUUCCAAAGCGAGAGGCGUCGUCGUCAUCAUAAGCGUAUGCGUCCCACUAAAGCAUAAUAGGAAAAGUGUGGAAAAUAGAAAUAUAUAAGUGUGUGGGGAAGAAAGAAAAGUGAACUGCAAGUGCAGCGGAGACUGGGCGUCGGACAGCCAGUGUCAUCCGUUGCCACCGCAGCCUCCGCGGAAAUUUCUAUUGAAAAAAUUCAUUUUCGUUAAGUGACGGCGCGAGUUUUGCCCUCUCGUAUCCGUCUCCAUCACCGUCGUCGUCUACGUUGUUGUCGCGCAGCUGCUGCAUCGUCAUCACCAACACCAACGGACACCAGCGCACUAGGGGCAGCAUAUCAUCAGCAUGGAUGCCGAAACACAGGAAAUACGACAGGCUCGUCAACGUGCUUCCGUCAAAUGGCUGCUCUCCAAAGCAUUCAAUAAUCGAGUGCCGGAUAAUCUGAAAGAGCCCUUCUAUCGAGAUCAUGAGAAUCAGGAGCGCCUCAAGCCCCAAAUUAUUGUGGAGCUGGGCAAUGCCACGCUGUACUGCCAAACGCUGUCAAACCUGUACUCAGAUCCCAACUACCAAAGCUUAAAUCACUGGUCAAUAUUACAGACGCUAGCGCGCAAGGGUGUGCCAGUGGCCGAGUCUUCGGACAUGCCCAUUACCGAAACGGUAUUAAUUCAAACGAACCCGUUGCGAAUUAACGCCCACAUGUCUGUGAUAGAAUCCCUGAUGGUUUUGUAUGCGAAAGAAAUAUCAUCAGGAGACCGUAUUACAGCUGCCAUACGAAGAAUAUCGGGCAGCAACUACCAGGCGCCACAGGGUCAGACUUAUGAGCAAGCUCUGCUGGCGUGGAUUUCGCAUGCGUGUGCCUCGCUAAAGAAACGCAUCAUCAAAGAGGUAGAGACAGGUGUGCCGGAUGAAAACGGUGUACGUCUGCAAACACCGGACGUACCGCCAGUGCGAGAUUUUCAGGAUCUGUGCGAUGGCAUUUGUCUGGCAUUGCUCAUUUCCUACUAUUGUCCCAAGGUUGUGCCGUGGACAAGCGUGCGCAUAAACUAUUUGCCCGCUGUAGAGGACUCCAUACACAAUAUACUAUUAGUUGGAAAUUUCUCACAAAAGCAUUUGCCAUAUGCCGUGUUCCACAUGACACCCGAGGACAUAACCUACAUGCGCGGUUCCAUGAAGCUGAAUUUAGUUGUACUGCUGACGGAUCUAUUUAAUCUAUUCGAGAUUCAUCCGGCGAAGUGUGUCUGCUAUCCAGGCAUGGAUGCACAGGAUGUCAUCGUCAAGCGCAACUUUGGCGCCAAUGAGCACGGAAUCUGCCACCGGCGCGGUCUCACAAUGCAACCCGUUACGCCCAUUCCAGAUUUGCGCAGCGACUUAGACCAGCCGCCCGCCGGCUCGCCCACAAAUCGGCCGCCGUUUCAAGUUCCGCCCACGAAUUCAUUCGGCGGUGGCUUGAAUCGUAGAACAACUCCACCCAACGAAUAUCAAACGGUUCAGUCAAAUAAUUUUGAGAGCAAUCUCAACGAAGAACGUGUAGCGUUUGUUGUGCACAAAUCGCGUGGCAUUACCACACUCUCAUCAAUGCACUCACAGCAGCAGCAACAGCAGCAGCAGCUUCAACAGCAACAACAGCAGGAGCCCUUGGUUCCAGCUCGCUUGCGGCAAGCUAAAGAAAAGUCGAAUGUCGAAUCGAAAGCCGACGAAAGAGGCGAUUAUGUCGCUGCUGGUCGACCAAGUAACUGGGAACAAAGCCGACGACCGAGUUUUGCAGGACGUCGUUCACGCCGAAAUUCCUCCAGCGAAGAUUCACAGCUGACUAUUGAGAACUUUGGCGGUUCCCAGGAUCAGUUGAAUACGUUGGGUCGUUACGACCGUGAAAGGGACAGGGAAAGAGAACGAAAGCUCUCCAAUACUAGCGUUGAACCAGCGGUCGCUGUGCGGUCUUCCAUUGCCGAUGCGCGAGGCACUCUACAAUUGGGCUAUGACACCGACUCCGGCAGCGAGAAGCAGGAUCGUGAAACCGAGAAGUAUUCAAUGCGCAGACAAACAAGUGUCGAUAACGUAGCCAUGGCCUCGGCAAACAAUCUCUCCAAUGCGGGUAGUCCGUUGCCGUUGGCACGUAACAAACAACAUUCCAACGAUAAAGACUAUAGCGCCGAUAAUUAUGUGGAUGUUCGGCCCAACGCUUAUGAUCCGGAAAGCACGCCUGUGCGCAAAUCAUCUACUAGCAGUAUGCCAGCAAGUCCCGCAGCCUGGCAAAUGGAUCCUUAUGAUGAGGAUAUGCGCUCUUUGGAGAAUGCCACGAAAUUGUCAACCAUUCGUAUGAAGCUGGAGGAGAAGCGACGCCGCAUAGAGCAGGAUAAGCGCAAAAUUGAAAUGGCGUUGCUACGACAUCAGGAGAAGGAGGAUUUGGAAUCGUGUCCAGAUGUCAUGAAAUGGGAAACUAUGAGCAAUGAGUCAAAACGCACGCCAGAUAUUGAUCCAGUUGACUUGGAUAAGUACCAGCAAAGCAUCGCCAUUAUGAACAUGAACCUGCAGGAUAUCCAGCAGGAUAUCCACAGACUGGCCACUCAGCAGAGCCAAAUGCAAGCGCAGCACCUGCAGGCUCAGCAGCUGAUGCAAGCGCAGCAGAUAGCCAACAUGCUUACUCAGCAACAAACCUACGGCUCGCAACAACACCUCGCCGAUCAUCACUACCAACAGCGUCCAAUGCAACAAAGCUUUGGCUCAUCGCCACAUCUUCCACAGGCCUACAAUGCGCCCGUCAGCGCCUACAGCUCCCGUCCCCCUAGUCGUGAUCCCUACCAGCAGCAAAUGCAGGCCAUGCCUCCGAUGCAAUACGUCAACGAGCAUGGACAGUAUAUGUCGCCGCCACAGCAGCAGCCGCCGCCCUCCCACUACAUGCAACCACAGAGCAUAUAUAGUGACAAUGGUGCGCCCUACAAUAAUCAUGGCUAUGGUGGCAGUGGUGGCCCCAGUCCCUAUGCACCACCCCCGCAGUAUCGCACCAGCGUCUACGACGACUAUGGUCAGCCAGCGAAUCACUUCUACUUGCACGAGUCCCCGCCGCAGCCUCAGCCACAUCCGCAACGACGCACUUGGGCGCAUUCGGCGGCAGCUGCGGCGUACGAGCAACAGCAGCAGCAAUCGCACCAACAACCGCUCGUCGAUGUGAACGCAUGGCAGACGCAGAAGAAGAUCCAACAACAGCAGCAGCAACAGCCCUGGGGUAGCAGCAAUCGGCCGCCUUCCAGUGUGGGCAUGCCACAGGGCUUUGUGUUGCAUCAGAACGGCGGCGGAGGCGGAGAGUUGCAGCAUCUUUUCCAGGUGCAGUCGUCCCCCCAGCAUGGACAGCGCAUGUCGGGCAGUGGCAACAUGGGCGCCAAUGGCGUGCAACGACAGCAGUCGCUCACUAACCUGCGUGAUAAUCGGUCGCCCAAUGCGCAUGCUAAGAGUAGCAUGGCACCACAGCAAAUGGCGCAGCCUGAGGAUAUGAUGGCGCCGCAAAGCAUUUGCUUCAUUGGCGAUGAGGAGGAUGUGGAAGAGCUUGAGCGCAACAUAAUCGAGUCCAUGCAGUCAACCCGCAUCUCUGACUUUGUGGUGCAGCAGCAGCAGCAACAUCACCAUCGCCUCCAGCAGCAGCAACAACAUCAGCAGCAUCAGACAGGACACAGCGGUCGUGGCAGCAGCUCCGAGGACUACGAUAGCAACGAAAUUAUUUCCAAUAAGUUAAACAUCACUAGCGGAAAUCUUACCUACCGAAUACCGUCGCCUUCACGACCCUCAAUACAGGCGAACAGCUUCCAGGAUCCGCGCGGCGGUGCAACAGAACAGCGGCCCGAGAAAGGCUUCUAUAUAUCCUUCGACGAUGAUCAGCCAAAGCGACCCAAACCUCCGCUGCGCGCAAAGCGCUCUCCCAAAAAGGAGCAGAGCAGGGAUAGUGUGGACAACAUGGGUGUCGCCAAACGUGAAUCGCUAAGUCAACUGCACAACAACAAUGCCACAGCCGAUGAGAGCAAAACUCUAGCCAGAAACAAUACCAUCCACAGUGUCAACUCCAACAGUGUCAAAUCGAACUCUGGCCUCGAGGGCAGCAGCAAUGCUACGUACAAUAAGUACACCGACGAACCACCCAUACAACUGCGUCAUCUGGCAGUAUCUGCUACAGAUCCGCUUCAUGUGGGUGGCUUGGAGCGUCGGCAUUUGGAAGACCUCACCAACCAACCGCAACAGUCCCUACAACAACAGCCUCUCUCGCCAACGCGCCUCCAACAGAGCAGCAACAAUGCCGAGGCGGCAAAGAACAAGGCCCUACUCAUUGGCGCUGACGCCGCAAGCCUUGAUCCGGACUCGGUGGACGAGAUGGAACGUCGCAAGGAAAAGAUAAUGCUACUCUCGCUACAGCGACGCCAGCAACAAGAAGAGGCGAAAGCCCGCAAAGAGAUUGAAGCGUCACAAAAACGCGAAAAAGAGCGCGAAAAGGAGGAGGAGCGAGCGCGCAAAAAGGAGGAACAAAUGGCUCGACGAGCGGCCAUAUUAGAACAACAUAGGUUAAAGAAAGCCAUCGAAGAGGCCGAGCGAGAAGGCAAGACCCUGGAUCGUGCCGAUAUGCAUGUGAAGCUGCAGCCGCAAUCGACGUCGUCUACACCGCGUCUUAGACAACAGCGUGUAACGCGACCGCGGCCCAAGACCAUACACGUCGACGAUGCCAGUGUGGACAUAAGCGAGGCUUCCAGCAUCUCUAGUCGGGGCAAGAAAGGCUCUAGUUCCAAUCUUACCGGCUACGGUCAACUAAGCUCAAAUUCUAUGAAAAGAGAUUAUUACAGGGGCUCGCAAGACUCCCUCACAGUUAAAGAGUCCCCCGAUGACUAUCCUAGUACAAGUUCAACUCCGAUUGGACGACGGGGUUCUUACAAAACAUCCCGAGAGCCAACCGUCGAACGGGGUCGAACUCUAUCGCGUAUAUCCGUCGCUAAGGGAAGCACUCUUAAUUUCCGUGGCCGAAAAUCGAAUUCGCUAAUGAAUUUGUGCGACACAGAUUCGGGAUUGGGACGGGCAACACCGCCGCGUCGCGCACCGUCACCAGGAAUGGCGGCAUCAGGUAGGCAUAUGCCAUCUCCCUCUGGACCAGGUUCUUUACCUCCAGGUUUGAUAUCGAAACGUCGCGGAUUUGAUGAUGGAUCAAGCGAUAUCUCAUUAACUCCGAAUUCAAUCAUGGAAUAUUCGGGUCCGAAACUCUAUAAACAACCAGCGGCCAAAUCGAAUCGCGGCAUUAUACUAAAUGCCGUCGAAUAUUGCGUUUUUCCGGGCGCCGUGAAUCGAGAGGCCAAACAAAAAGUACUUGAAAAGAUCGCACGCUCGGAGGCCAAACACUUCCUAGUACUCUUCCGUGAUGCGGGCUGCCAAUUUCGUGCUCUAUAUAGUUAUGUGCCAGAGAUGGAUCAAGUGACCAAGCUGUAUGGCACGGGACCUAGUCAAGUCGACGAAGUCAUGUUUGAUAAGUUUUUCAAGUAUAACUCAGGUGGAAAAUGUUUCUCACAAGUGCACACAAAGCAUCUGACCGUCACCAUAGACGCCUUCACAAUACACAACUCGCUGUGGCAAGGCAAAAGGGUGCAAUUGCCAAGCAAAAAGGAUAUGGCGCUUGUGAUCUAAGCCCGUGAAGGAAGCCAGAAUGAUAAAGAAAGGCGCUUGGCGCCCUUUGACGAUACAGUUAAGGCAACAAGUAAAUUCGGAGAGCUUCUGCGUAGAAAAGUGUUUACGUCAUUUCGUCAAUGUACCAAUAUUAUCGUGUCUACGCAUCUGGUAGUGGUGGUGGUGUGAGCGGGAAUUGGAGAGUAUUACCAUUUUGGACAAGUUUGGAGAAUUAGAAAUCGGAACUUAAACUAUUGUAGCGAGAGAUACAAUGCGAUUGAUGAAAGAUAUUGUUUCAUUUCAAUAUACGAGUAUAUAUAUACAUAUAUAUCUACAUAUAUAUCCAACAUUCAAAUCUAUUCUUCAAAGAAGCCUGAAAAUAAUGAUAAUGAUGAAAUAACAAAUUAAGUAACUAUUGAAAAGAAAAGCGUUCAGUAUAAUAGCAAGAAGAAUGAAAGAAUAUUUGAAUUUAUGCGAAACUUACAAAUGGGUACAUCAGCAACAACAACAACAACAACAAAAUGUAGAAAAUCUUUUUAUUAAUUUGUUUUAAAUUGUUAUCAAGUUUUUGCGCGAAUUGAUUUGCUUUGGCUACAACAUCAAGAGCUGGUACUGUAGUCAGGGAAUUGCGAAUUGCGCAAGUCGACACUAAUUUUAAUGCCACUAGCUAUUUAUUUUAACACUAAUUAAUAGUUACUUUAUAUGAGUAUUUAAAAUUGAAAUAAUACAACUAAUAUUUAAAAAAUACCUACAAAACAAAAUGAAAAAGACUUUUAACUGGCUGAAAACUAAGCUGUCUUUGUUGUAUAAAAUUAAUGGAAAUUAAUUAUGUUUCGUACAAAGUCUUGAAAUGCUUGAAACACGCAGUCAGACUCUAAAAAUUGCAAACUGUAUUACGCAUUAUUUCAAAAUCUGUUAAGUUACAUCGCUAUAAUUUUAUAAUCGGCAUUUCUUCUUAGAUGCGUGCAGCCUAUAAAGGUAUAAACUGUGAUGUCCUUUUUAAUACAAUAAACUGGACAUCAAGGCAAUGAAUUUUUUACUUGUGUAACUGCCAUCAAGAUAACAUUGUAUUUUAAUUUCUAAAUAUUUUUGAAGCUGUGCAAAUCUUUUAGAACGCUCAACCACUCAACCCUUUGGUCCCCAAUUACUUACUCGCAUUCUGUUUUUGUAAUUAAAUUAAAGCCUUUUUAUACUUUUACUCGUACUUUAAUUCUCUGAUUAAUACUACUGGCGACAUUUUGUUUAUCAUAUUAAUUUUGGGCCGCCUAAUUUACACUGCAGAAUUGACACGCUAAUAGGGCACAGCUAUCUAUGGGUACCGCCACUAUGGCGACAUUGCGUGAGCAAGGUACACAUAAUAUAGUAUAAAAUAUAAUAUAAAAGGAA